AUGCAAAUGAACUUUCCAGAUGAGGCAGAUCUCCUUAAUUUCAAUUUGUCCAUAACACCAGAUGAAGGGUUCUAUCGUGGUGGAGUAUUUAGAUUUACAUUCAACAUAAAUAAUAACUAUCCUCAUGACCCACCAAAAGUUCGUUGUUCCCAAAAGAUCUACCAUCCUAAUAUCGAUCUUGAAGGAAAUGUAUGUUUAAACAUUCUCCGUGAAGAUUGGAAACCUGUCUUGAAUUUGAAUUCUGUAUUGGUAGGGUUGCAAUAUUUAUUCUUGGAACCGAAUGCUGAUGAUCCCCUUAAUAAAGAUGCGGCCGAGGAUUUGAGAACAAACCGAAAAAACUUUGAAUAUAAUGUCAAGCAAUCGAUGAGAGGUAAAGAUGUUAAAGGUGUUUAUUUUGACAAUGUACUGAUGUAG